AGACACCAUAACUUCCGACAUCUUCAUUAAAAACAUCCAUUAUAAGAAUUCCACGAAAGAUUUACGACAUUUACAACACUCUAACAUACUCGAAUAUACAACUCUACUCGUAUUUCAUUGCCAGAGAAUUAUGUUCCUCUUGUCCGCCUUUUUCCAACAAAAGAUGCAUCAAAUAGAGCACCUUGGGGAAUUCCUCGGAGAAGACAAUUUCGAAGUUUCCUCGAAAGAUUUCGAACUAAUUCAUCGGAGUCGAUUAAGAAUGUUGUUCAUUGUAGAAACUCGCGCGCUUCGGGAAUCUAAAAACAGAAACGGGAGUCCAAACAAAAUCUUGAGAGAUCGACUGAAAAUCGUUCGAUAUUUUGCGAAUCUCAGACACGCUCGAGUGAAAGUUUGUGUUAGUUCAUUUUGAAAGUUGUUCCAACUUUUCGUUUCCGAUCUGAUUUUUCAAGGUGCAUGGUAUGUAGGGAUGCGUUUUCGAAAAAUUUGAUGCCUGGAAUAAUCCAAACAGAAUUAGGGGAGACGAUUUGAGAAUAAAGAAGAAAAAGAAAAAAAAGUGUCAUCUAUGUUUUUCCUGCAGCAUGAUUCGCCUCGAUAAAGUUUGUAAAAAACCGCCGACAGACCAGAGAAAAAAAUGGCAAGAAGAAGAAACUAUGGGCGGAUCAGACACUAUUUCUAGUGAGGACGAUGCAUCUGACUUUGAAAUCAGCGAGCAUGGAAGAUCAAGGCCCACACAAGAAAUAUGGAAUGAAGAGGAAAUUUGGAACGAUUUACAAAAUUUAGAUGAUGCAGAAAAAUGUGUUCAGUUACUGAACUAUGAUGAUCAAGAGAAGGUCUUGGAAGAAGUCAAUUAUGAAACAGCAUUAUUGCUAGCGAUAUGGCUUGAAAGGAAUAAUACAGUCGAAAAAUUAUUACAGAAACAUAAGAAUACUGAAAUAAAAGAUCCUAGUGGAAGAUCUGCCAUGCACUUAGCAGCUUUUAUUGGCAAUGCAGAUGGUCUCAAGCUCCUAAUUCACAGUGGCGCCAAAGCAGAUUCCUGGGACAAUAAAUACAAAAUCACCCCAUUACAUUGUGCAGCUAGUAAAGGGAGAUUGGAGUGCAUAAAAGUGCUAUUAAACCACGGUGCAGAUGUCAAUGCCGGUAUAAAGACUAGCAGAACUCCUCUUUAUUUCGCUGUAUAUGGCCUGGCUGAAGACUGUGUGAGAGAACUGUUGAAACGUGGAGCUACGCCAAAUACAACACAAGUAUUCAGUGAGACACCUCUACACGUAGCCGCGACUCUGGGGUCUUCAGAAAUCAUCAGUCUCCUACUGAAGCACGGAGCUGCAGUCGAUAUUCAAUGUGGAUUCGACAAGGUGACACCUCUGCAUUUGGCAGCAAGCGAAGGGGACCCAGAAUGCUGCCGUCUACUGCUGAAGGCCAAGUCUCCAGUAAAUGCCCGUAACCACAAACUCCAAACACCGCUUCACCUAGCUGCCCUUUCUCAGUGCGCCGAAACCCUGGAUGUUCUACUGAAGGCCGGUGCUGAUCCCAACGCAACAGACAUAGACGGACGCACACCCCUUCACAGUUCGAUAGUCAAAGUAACAAGAUCCUGCGAAUGCGUCAGGAUACUGUUGAAAUACGGAACGGAAAUAAACAAGCCAGACUCUUUCGGCUAUACUGCCCUACACUUGGCGGCUCUCAACGAAUUUUCGCAUUGCGUGAUGUUCCUCAUAAACAACGGUGGAGAUGUCACCGCGCGAACCAAUGGGGGAAUUUCGGUCCUGAAUUUCAUAACGCGAAAAACCCCAGACGUGAUCCCCAAGUAUCUCCUGAAAUUCGACGAAUCGAUACGACUGAACGACCACGAGAUAGGAGAUGUAGACUGCGAACUCAAGCUGGACUUCCGAGCCUUAGUACCAAGCAUGGGCAACAAGGAAACAGAGCUUCUUCUCAAUUUCAUAGAAGUCGGUCACAAGGACAUACUCAAGCAUCCUCUUUGCGAAACCUUCCUGUUCUUGAAAUGGAGAAGGAUACGGAAAUUUUUUUUAUUCAGUCUCUUUUAUCACUCCCUCUUCGUCUGUUUAUUCUCGUUCUAUAUCCUCGGGGUGUUCCUGAAAGAUUGCACCCCUACUAACUCGAAGGGUAGCACGUCUUGCGAAGUUACCGAAAUGACAAAAAUCAUCGGAUACACCUUGCUGUGCUUGAAUGUCCUUAUGUUAGGCAAGGAAUUGUUCCAGAUGGCGCACAACUGGAGAACCUACAUCAAACAAUGGGAUAAUUGGUUACAAUGGAUGAUAAUAAUUUGUGUUUUCGCUUGUGUUAACCCGCACGGUUCUAGAAUGAAUAUAAGGACUAAUAUUCAAAUGUGGCAACAUCAUGUAGCGGCAAUAGGUAUUUUUUUAACUUGGUUGGAACUUAUGAUGAUUGUAGGUCGCUUUCCAACUUUCGGUCUGUUUAUUCAAAUGUUCACAACGGUGUCAGUCAAUUUUGUUAAAUUUAUGGCUGCUUACUUCUGCCUUCUGCUGGCAUUUGCGUUGAGUUUCGGAGUUAUCUUCGCUAAUUAUAACUCUUUCAAAAAGCUUCCACUGGUACUCAUCAAAGUUAUAGUGAUGAUGUCAGGGGAAUUGGAAUAUGAAGACAUAUUUUUCGAUAAUACACAACCCAUAAAGUUUCCUUUGACUGCCCAAGUGAUGUUCUUAGCAUUCGUUGUCUUAGUAACAAUCAUUUUGACGAAUUUGAUGGUAGGACUAGCGGUUAGCGACAUACAGGGUUUGCAGCAGAGUGCAGGUUUGGAUCGUUUAGUUCGCCAAGCCGAGUUAGUCGCACACCUGGAGAGCAUGUUAUUCUCUAAGCUUCUCAUAUGUAUUCCAAGCAAGUUGAUGAAAUUUCUUCAUCGGCAAUCUCUCCUGUUGAAAUCGCAAUAUCACUGGGCUUUGUAUAUACGUCCAAACGAUCCGAGAGAAACGAGAAUACCCAAAGACAUCAUAACAAACAUAUAUAACUUAGUAGUUGAAAAGAAAGAAAAGUUAAGGAAGAAAUUUAAGAAACGUAUAACUGAACAAUACAGCGGAAACACAAACUCAAUGGUAUCGCCGGGUUUAACUAGGAUAAAUUCUUAUAUGAGUUAUGUAGCAGCAGAAAAUCCCAAAUCCAAAUCUGUUCGACAUCAAGCUGAUGAUCUUGGAAAUGAAUUUGUUGAAUUCACACGUAAUUUCAAGACCAGAUUAGAAAAAAUCUAUAGACAGAUAUCAUCUGAUAAAACUGAUAGGGGGAGUAAAAUUAAUAGAGAUUCUUCGAUUGAAAAAGACUAUCAAAUUAUAUAAAUAUCCCUGAAAUAUUUGGGUAGAGUUGUUGGAAAGUACAAAAUUAAAGUCUGAGGUAUGAUGUGGUUGUUAGGAUUUUUGAUACCAUCUACAAUAAAAAUAGGAAAAUCCAUCACAAAUCAAUGUACAUAUUAAGAUUUAAAUUGUAUUAUAGUAUUUUGAAGAUUAACUUAACACACCAUAUAAGAUUUAUUCCACUACAGAAUUUCAUCUAUUCAUUCAGUAUAUUAAGGGAAUGAACUAAAAAUGUCUUUCUGGACAAGAAAAUAAUAUUUUUUUCAUAUAAUUCUAAGAAUCCCAAAUUUUUAAUAAUUAAGGAAAUGAAAUAAUGUAUGAGAUCUUUAUAAAUGAUUGUAACGACGCAUUUGGCUCUAGAAUAUUCUCAUAUUGCCACUUUAUAUGUUUACGUUCACAUUUUAAAAUUCAGCCACAGAAUGACAUAACUUCAACUUCUUUGUUAACAUAAAAAUAAUGAAUUUUUAAUUUUUAGUGAGCGUCAAAGUCAACUUUGAUGUUACAAUAAUUUGUAAAAAAUUGUAUAAUGGAGUAUUUAUUGUAUAACUAUAUAUAUAAUCAUUGUUUCCAGGUUGUGCAGAAGCCUUGAUACUUAAAUAAUUUCUAUAUCAAUGAGUUUAGAAAGAUAUAUUUUUCUCACAACAAAAUUUCCCUAAAUUACGAGCAGUUGAUCUAAAUAUUUGUGGAUGGCACUAAAAUAUAAAUAAAGAUUAAUAAAUACAAAUAUCUGGAAAAAUGAUUUGAAAUAUUCCAUCAAAAUACUUUCCUUAUAAAAUUAACGAAUUUGAUUUAAUUUCAUAUUUUCAAUUCAACACUAUUUUCUUUAUAAUGAUGAAGGAAAAUUUGAUGUCAUAUAUAAGAAUAUAUUUCAUUCUGAUUAUAAACGAUAAAAUUGAAUUGUACUGUGUUAUUAUGGUUUUCGUUUUUUUUAAGUGGUUAAGAGUUGAGCAACUUCUCAUUAACUCAUCUUGCAUAAAUAUUUUUAUUUUGAUCUAAUAUUUUAAACAAUGUAUACAAAAAAAUAGACAUUGCAAUAUUCAAUUUUAAAAAGAUUCUGAUAAAUAUAGUUCCAUUUAUUUCAGGUGACUCCUAAAACAUUUUUCUUAGUUCUCCCUUAGUUGUUAUGUAAGAACAGUAAAAUGCCUCAAAUU